AUGCUACCGCGCUCGAUUUCUCGCACCGUCUCUAGAACCCAUGCCUUCCGUUUCAAUAGGCAUCUUCGCACCUCCGCCAUAUAUCAUUCAGAAACUGAGGGAAACACCCAUUACGAAACUCUCGAUCUCCCCUCGAAUUCAACGCGGGCAGAGAUCAAAAAACGAUACUUUGAAUUAAGCAAAGCACAUCACCCGGACCGCAACCGUAGUGACCCACUAGCCUCAAACCGCUUCAUCAAGAUAAGCACCGCCUAUGCUGUCCUUGGGCAUGAAAAACACCGCGCUAAAUACGAUUUCGAACUCGCACGGAAACAUGGGAGCAGGCCCGUUGGCCCUGUAGGGGGUCGACCUGCGAGUGGAUUAAGCAAGAGGCGCGGCCAGUUUCACGGGCCACCACCUUCGUUUUUCAGAAAUGGUGGGUGGAGUAGGUUCAAAGGGAAGUCUGCACAUGCAGGGCAAGAAAGGCCUGAUUCUAGCCCAGGUAGCGGGCCUGGGGGGUUUGGAGCGGGUGGUCCAACAGCUGCAAGGACUGAUGAUGUUCCCCAUUUCAACUACGGACAAAAGUAUCGGCAACAUGAGGAGCAGCAGAGCCGGUGGGCACGAAGAGCUAAACAGCACCGACUUGAGCCCGAUACCACUAUGGAUAAUUGUGUCAUUGCUACUCAUUUGGAACAGAAGCGGCUUCCUGCAUCUAACACGCCGGAACAUGGUCCGAGAAAGCUUGUCUUGAGGGAUAAUUUCUGGUCGAAUAGUUUGUACCAAAAGUGCUCAAGAAAUUGCCUGUAG